AUGAAGGCAAUUCUAACAGGAGCUACAGGAUUCAUUGGAGGAGAGAUCUUCAAUCAAUGUAUUGACCAUCCGCAAAUCACUUCGAUUGUGGUGCUUUCUCGCCGAGCACUGCCUGAGCCGGCCGCGAGUAACUCGAAGGUCAAAGUUAUUGUUCUCGAGGACUUCACGAGCUAUCCAGACUCGGUGCUGCAGGAGCUUAAGGACGCGGACUUUUGCAUAUGGGCGCUGGGCACAUACACGGGCGGUGCAGAUGUUGAAGCCGGCUAUCCACUCGCAUUUUGCGACGCCAUGGCCAAGGCCCGUGACGGCGCUACGACCAAGUUGUUCCGAAUCGUCUACUUGAGCGGCAUGUUCGUGAUCAAUGACCAGCACGCGUCUCUGUGGUUUUUCCAAACAACCCGCAAGGCGAAGGGGCUCGCGGAGACGAGGCUGCUCGCCUUCUCCGACGAGCAGAAACAGAACAACCAAAAUUGGGAGGCAUAUGUGGUCAGGCCCGGUGGAGUGUUGCAAAGGUCGACUGCUGGCAUCAACACAGCCACAUGCGGAAACAGACUCGUGAUCGGCGUCGGCGUGCUGGCGACGGCUAUGAUCGAGACAGCGUUGGAGGGGAAUCCUGAAUUCAAGAUAUUCCACGCCCCUUUGCUGGAGAAGGGAAGGGCUGCGCUCCAGAAAGCCAAGUGA